CUUGCGCCUGCGCAGUGGAGGCGGCAAGAUGGCGGCGGGCGGCGCUCGGCCGGGGGUCGUGCUGGGCGCGAUGGAGAUGGGGCGGCGAGCGGGGCCUGAGGCCAGUGCCGCCAUGUUGAGAGCCUUCCUACAGCGGGGAUACCGGCUGCUCGACACCGCCUACAUGUACGCGGGAGGGGAGUCCGAGCGGAUCCUCGGCACGCUGCUGAACGGAGGGGAGCACUCGGUGGAAGUCGCCACCAAAGCCAACCCGUGGGAUGGGAAGACAUUGAAGCCGGACAGUGUGCGCUCACAGCUGAACACGUCCCUGGAGCGGCUGCAGAGGACGAGUGUGGAGCUGUUCUACCUCCACGCCCCCGACCACGGGACCCCGGUGGAGGAGACUCUGCGUGUCUGCAACGAGCUGCACAAGGAGGGAAAGUUUAAAGAACUCGGCCUGUCCAACUACGCAGCGUGGGAGGUGGCAGAAAUCUGCACCAUCUGCAAGUGCAACAACUGGCUGAUGCCAACCGUGUACCAGGGCAUGUACAACGCAACCACCCGCCAGGUCGAGCUGGAGCUGUUCCCUUGUCUGAGACACUACGGGCUGCGGUUCUACGCCUACAAUCCACUGGCUGGAGGGCUCCUGACUGGGAAGUACAAGUAUGAGGACAAAGACACACGGCAACCCACUGGAAGAUUUUUUGGCAAUGACUGGGCUCAAGCCUACAGGGACAGGUACUGGAAGAAGCACAACUUUGAAGGAAUUGAGCUAGUAGAAAAAGCUUUGAAAGAUGCUUACGGUUCCAAGGCACCGAGCCUGACCUCCGCUGCCUUGCGUUGGUUGUAUCACCACUCCAAGCUGCAGGGUUCUCUCGGAGACGCUGUGAUCGUUGGGAUGUCCAACAUGGAGCAGCUGGAGCAGAAUCUGAAGUACAGCGAGGAGGGGCCGCUGCUUGCUCCUGUGGUGGAGGCGUUUGACAGAGCCUGGAAUCUGACUGCACACGACUGCCCCAAUUACUUCCGCUAGAGACAGAGAGGGAAGUGCCAGCAGAGGAGCAGAGCAGGAGGUACUGACCCACACUGCCCUAUGGCUGUGAUUUGUCCUAUUAAUGAAGCUUUGUAGGGUCAGCCAUUCCUGUGCCUACACUACUGCUACCAGCACUACAGGUGGGGCCAUGCCUUACACUGUCUCCCCUUGGGGACCUUGAUCUAUGCUGUGAUUUCAAAAUGCACUUAAUCAAAGGAAGGCUUUAGAUCUGCACUCAGUUAAUAACUAAUCUUGAGCGUGGAUGAGAAUAAACCAUUUUUUUUCUAA